CUGAAACUUUUUUUUUAUCGAGAAAUUAAUAUUCAGUAAAAGAUAAUUUAAUCUAUUUGUAUAUAUGAAUGAAUAUAUAUUUAUAUAUAUAUGUAUGUAUGCAUAUAUAUAUAUGUAUAAAUUUAAACGUUAUUUCUUCAUCGACUAACCUAAAAAAAAUGUCUAUAAGUAACGAAAAAGAGGCGAUAGAAAAAUUUAUUGCAGAAUUAAAAGAAUUUUUGAAAAAUGAUGAUUCAGAAAGUGCUGUACUUUUAUUCAAAAAUAACAUUUACGAACAAAUCAUUGAACAAUCUUCGUGGGAUGUUGUACCCAUUGUUUCUAAUUAUUUUACGAGUUCUAAUGCUAACAAUAAAAAGAAAUUGUUUGAAUGUUGUGAAACUAUACUCAAUAUAAUAGCAGAAAAGUGUAAUCCAUCUGAGACUGUAUUACAGUUUUUAGAACAAAUUGAAUCUUUAGAAAAUGAUACGAAAUUUUGUACAAUGUUGAAGCCAGUUGGAAUUAGUUUUAAUAAACUAAACGAUAAAUCUAAGGCCAUUGAAUGGUGUGUUGGUACGAUACAAUCUUAUGUACAAGCAUUACCAAUACCGAAUUACGAUAAAUCAGAGUUCAACAAAAAUAAAAAUAUCAAAGAAACAAGUGCAAUUUCAGAUAGAAUUAUCAAUUUGUAUACUAAUAUUGUUUCAUUCUUACAAUCAUUAAUCCAAGAAUUAAGCACAACAAAUAUUACUAAACAAGAUAUUAUAUUUAAGGAAUAUUUAUUAGGUCUCCUAAUUUAUUUAUUAGGAAGACCAUAUUGUUAUUUAUACGAAGAUGUUAUAGCAUCAGAAAUUCGCGAUCAAAUAUUAAAGCUUAUAUUUCAUCUUGCCAAAGAUGUAUUGUAUCCUUUAAGUUUUAUAAAUGGUCGUUCGAUAUUAGAGAAUGACUGGACAUUUAAAAAAGAUUCGGAUGAAAAAUCUAUAAGUGUAAGUAAACAGUUAGAAAAGUGUGAGAUCUUGGAAUUGCAAGAAAUUGUACCAACAUUGGCAUAUGCUAACUUUUAUUUUUAUGUAAUAACGAGAGAAACUUUAUGGAUAAAACUUCCACAAGUAUAUCAUCCACAUUAUAUUUUUCAAGCGGGCAUUUUUCUCGUUAAUUGUCUUCUUAAGGAACAAGAUAUUGCGUUAAUAUCUAAAGGUUUAAUAUUUAUGGAAUUACUUGUAAAACGUGUGGAGAAAAUGUCCAUUGGUCCGGAUAAAUUAGAAUUAAGAAUUUAUGUUAAAUUACUACACGCUAUUAUUAAUGUCAUGAUAUAUUGCGAAAGCGACAGUGAAAGAAAAAAGGCAUUAUCAAUUUUUCAUGAAUAUAUUAUAAAUAUUUUUAAUAUGGAAGCUAGAUAUUUCGUAAUAUUAUACUUAUAUAAUACAUGUUACCAUUCUGGCGUUCUUAGUUUGAUAACUGGUUUAGUUAAAACAUCUAUCAUUGAAAGUUUAGGAAUGACACCUAGAUGUACAUAUUUCUUUGGUAACAAUUUAGAUUCUUUAUUAAAAAGUGCGUGUAAGUUGCCUUAUGGUAGUGCAACCGAUUUGGUAGAGAUAUCAGAUGAAAUAAUAACUACAUUAAAUCUCUUAAGAUUUUUACUUAUCAGAGAUCGAUUUAAUGAAACUGGCAUUUGGAGUAUAAUAAAUGUGCUUGAAGAAAAUUAUUUGAAACCCUUAAGACAAGGGAUAGAUUUAUGUAAGGCACAUUGGAAAACUAAAAUAAAAGAUUUAGAGGAAGCAAAAACUAAGAAUAUUUCUAGCGAAAUAGAAGCAGAUAAGAAGGUGAUGUUAUCUGUUGGUAACAAAAAAUUACCAGCCAUGCCAAUAACACAAAAACUCAAAUUUUCACAUCAAGUUUUAUGCGGUCUUGAUGUAAUGGAAAGUCUUUUAAUUAGAGUUAAUGAGUGCAUUGUGAAUGAUUCUAUAAAAAAUAUCUUAUUAUAAAUCAUAAUAUAUUGAGUUACAUAUA